AGUGGAAGCUUCAGUGGUUCGCUAACUCAGGGCCGCGGCGCGCGUGUUUCACUUGUUUCUGUCUAUGUAUGUGUCUGUGUUGUGUAUCUUGGAUUCAAUUCAACCCUAUAUUAAAAAAGAGAUUGUGGAUUGCUUAUCAAGAUUGACAAUGUAACCACCGUUCGCGUUACGCUGAUUAGAUAAGAUAAAAAGAUGUGACAAGGACAGAUAAUAUUCAUAGCGAUGUGGAAACAGAACGUCAACAGUGCAGUGAAAAAUUGAAAUUAAAGUGUCAAAAAUGCUCUAAAUUCAAAACAACCAUUAAAACCAUGAUGACGUAACAAUGGUGGCCAAAUUCUAAUUUCAAAAUAUGAGUGCGUAAGAAUUAUGUGCUGAAUAAAAAAAAAUAAUGUGCGUUUAGUGUUUCCUAAAAAUGGAAUCGUGCAACCAAACUCUUUUUUGAUAAUGACAAGACAAUAAAGCCAAAGUUUUUAGUGGGAAGUGUUAAAUAAAAUGGUGUAUUAGUGACAGUGAAAAAUGGGUUGUCAGUUGGGGAAAUUAGCGGCUUCUGAGAGGCGGGGCAAUAACGCUGGGCCAGCGAUCAGUGAUGGGCCUCCUCCGGCCACCGACCCUCGGCUACCGUUGACGGCGAAGCAGAAAUACUCCAUGCUCGCAUCAUGGAAGGGUAUUUCCAGGGCUAUGGAGAAGACUGGCAUCUGUAUGUUUAUAAAAUUAUUCGAAGAAAACCAAGAUCUUCUAAAUAUGUUCGAGAAAUUUCGCCAAUGCCGGACGAAGGAGGAACAGAUCAACUCCAUGGAGCUUGCAGAACACGCCAACAAUGUCAUGAACACCCUGGAUGAGGGGAUCAAGGGUCUGGAUGACUUGGACAACUUCUUCGGCUAUAUUCACCAAGUUGGAGCCAGCCAUAGAAGAAUACCUGGAUUUAAAGUGGAAUAUUUUUGGAAAAUUGAAACACCAUUCCUAGCCGCUGUGGAGUCAACUUUGGGCGACCGCUACACGCCCAACGUGGAAAAUAUCUACAAAAUCACCAUCAAGUUCAUCUUAGAAACGCUCAUAGAAGGCUACGAGGCCGCCGGCAAGCCUACCACGUGAGCUCAACCAUGUACAGAAUCAAAUAAAACAUAAUAUAACACAAAACGCGAACAAAACCAAACAAAAAAGUUAGUCUUCUACAUAAUCAAUCAACCGACAAGCAGCCGCCAUAAUGGAAUCGAAAUUUUAAAAUGGAACCCUCAUUCCAAAUUCGAAAUCGGAGUCGCUGCAAAUAAAUUAAUGUCAAUUUUAAAACGAGAUUUUUAAAGUGAAGUGUACAGACGUUUAUAAAUGCAUCGUGAAUAAAUUAUUUGUGUAUAAUGUGAAUAAAAAUUCUAUAAUUGUGUAUAGUUGUCACUGUUCUUUUUCGCUCGUCUGUAUUUAGACUGGUUUAGCAUAAUGAGACUAACAGUGCAGUAAGGGAACAUAUAACUGAGUACUAGAGCGCUUUUUUGAUUAGAUACAUAAUUUUAAUGAUAGGAACAAAAUGUAGAUAAACAUAGUAAAAAAAUGUGUGUUAAAUUAAGGAAUUUUAAACCAAAAUAACUUUUUUAAAUGUCGCAAAACGCUUGUUAGUACUAAUUUAAUGAUAAUCAUUAUUUAUUUCUAAUGAUAUUCUUCUUAACGUCCUCGAUGUUGGCUGGACCAACUGUUUUUGUUUAAAUUUUAUAAAUUCGGCAUAAUUAUUGUUAAAUUGCGUCUUCCGUGUGUGAAUGUUGUAAGAUUUAGAAUAAGUUUCAAAUUAUACAAUUAAUAAAAUAAAAAAAUAUUGUC